AUGGCGGACGAGUUGUCUAGUCUUUACGAGGGCCUAUGCCUCACAGAGGAGGAGAAACAAGAAAUUUCCAUACCAUCAGAGGAAGUUCAAGUUUCCUUUGAAAAAAGCAAGAAGUGCUUGGCUGCCCACGUUAUCGUAGGAAAAGAAGUCAAUAGGGGAGCCUUUCAGGCUACUAUGAUCAAGGCUUGGAAAGUGGAGGGUCAGACCUCCUUUAAGAAUCUUGGUUCCAACAGGUUUUUAAUUGAGUUUCAAAACUCUAAGGACAAAGAAAGGAUAAUGGCGGCUAGGCCCUGGUCGUUUGACAGAUCCUUGGUCUGUCUCUUUAACUGUGAAGGCUGCUUGGCUCCUAAGGACAUAGCUUUCAACGAAGAACCCUUUUGGCUGCAACUACAUGACUUGCCUUUCGCUGGCAUGAACAAAACCAUGGGAGAAAAGCUAGGUGCUGCUGCAGGCACUGUGCUAUCGGUGGAUGUAGAUGCCAAUGGAAUGGCCUGGGGCAGUUUCCUCAGGGUUAAAGUACUGGUUAAUAUACUGAAACCUCUCACGCAUGGUAGGUUUAUCACUAUGGGAGAGAAACGCUUUUGGAUACCCUUCAAAUACGAAAGACUCCCCAUGUUCUGUUUCCACUGUGGUGCCAUCAAACACUCGGGAUUCUCCUGCCCAGCAUCACCCUUGAGAAGCAAGCCGCUUGAAGAAACAGCACCUCAGUACGGUUCUUGGCUUAGAGCUAACACACAGCUGAGAAAUUUCCCAACAUUCAGUAAGAAGGAGGGUGUCUUCGAAAAUUCAAGUAGUUGGCGCCAAAACAAACCUGGGGACAGUAGGGUUGAAGAAGGUGGGAUGGGACAGAAUACCUCUGGGACUAACAAUGUAGAUGACGAGCAAGCUGACAUUGGAAGUUCUGACAACUAUCAGCUGAGGGGACCUUUACUCGGAAAAGGAAAAAUGAGCAGCUCUAAGGAUCACAAUGGACAAGCUCUUCAGGUUAGUUCGCCUUCCCAUAACUCCCCAUUGAAACAACCCAUUACUGGUACUACUAAAGGGCCUACUUGGAAGAGGAGGGCAAGAGGUCUGGGCCCUCAUAUCUCUGGCCCAACAGACUCUUUUAUGAGUGAUCCUUACGUCUCAAAACAAAAGAAAAGGCUUGGUGAAGAACAUAUAGAGCCUAUCAUGACCAGAAGAAGAACCAAGCAAGCUAAGUUGGCAGUGGCUGGGGCCCAGCCCUGCCAGUCCCCAUGA